UCCCUUUGUUUUUGUUUAGGUCGGGUGUUAGUUUUGGUCAAAGUCAAGCUUUAUUAAUUUUGAUAAAAUUUAUAAAUAAAAAUAUGAACAUUUAUAAUAAUAAAUCAGUACCAUUAGAUUUAUUAUUAAAUGUAUUUUCACAUCAUAUAGAUUUGUUAUGGUAAAUGUUUAUAUUGUUUUUUAUAAACUUGGUCAAACAUUACAAAGUUUGACUUCAGUCAAUUCUAAUAAGCAGAGUAAAUAAAAAUAAAAGGAGUGCCAGUUUUGAUCGGCACCCUGCUUUACUGAUUAUUAUGUUAUGACCAUUACCAACCAUAACCAUUAUGGGAAAUGUUUGUACCUGCUUGCUUUGAUUUCUGAACAAGUUCCCUUCCCUUGACAUCAUUAAAUAAUCAAUAAUAUGUACUCCCUUCAUUCCUAAAUAUAAGACCUUUUAGAGAUUUCAAUAUGAGAGCAGUGAUUUGGUGCUCAGCCUCAUCUGCACCCCGCGAUGAAGAAAAAAAUUCAAAACAAAUACUAGAAAAAUUCAAAAAAAAAAAUCAUGAUAGAUAAUUUGGUGCGUGAUGGAUAUUCGUCCAAUAUGAACUACAUACAGAGCAAAAUGAGUAAAUCUACACUUUAAAAUAUGUCUAUAUACAUCCGUAUGUAGUCUAUAUUGAAAUCUCUAAAAGGCUUAUAUUUAGAAACGGAGGAAGUAGCAGUCUGCAUCUUUUAAGAUGAUUCGUGGGUGUUGUCUGCUAAACUGAAUUCAAAAUCUGUAAAAAGAAAAGGAAAAGAAAGAGAGAGCAGCAGCUUUUCAAACCGGUGGACUAGUGACACAAUGUGGACUGACUUUGGGUGAAUGACUUGUGGCCCCCAUGAACGAAAAUCUAGCAACAACGCAUUACUCCUCUGUCAUGUCUUGAUCAGCAUACAAAGCACACAGAAUCUUUACUUGCAAACAAGGCUUUUCGUCGCGACUUAAUUAUAUGUAUAUAGAAAAGCUCGGUCAUGGAAUAAAGCUAAAAUCUGCAUGGCAAGGCAAAAAGACUCCGUCAGGGGGUCAAGAAACCCAAAUAUCCAGAAGAGGUAGAGGAAUAAUAGUGGCAGUAGCAGCUAACCACACUGCAAAGCAAAAGGAGUCCAGCAGAUUCCCAAAGACUUGUUAACGAGGCAAAAGCUAUCCCACUUGCUUGCCUCCAAGAUAACAGCUUUCGUGCCUCGCUCCAUCCCUCUCUUUCUAUCUUUCCAUCUCUCUCCCCAUAUGUAUAUAUAUGUGCUGCAAUGCUUUUAGCUUAGAACAUAAGCUUGUAAGUUAGACGGCAUAAGGUUGCGCAUCGAAAAGGGCCUUGGUUCUCUUCUCGCGCGGUUGGGUUGUGCGCCAUGGACGCUGGAAUGAGACAAUCGAGAAUUUCAGAAAAAAUGGGGAGUCAGCCAUUGCCCAUUGCACCGUGGGUCCGGUUUUCUGGUGUAGGGCAGGAAGAUCAGGGCAGCGGCCAGGCUAUGGCAAUGCCACCACAGCGACAGCGAGGCACGCCUUUUGGAAGAGGUGAAGAAUAUGACGCCGCGUACGCAGCGACGGUGGCGGCAGUGGCGUAUGCCAUUGCUGCAAUGGAGGAAGAGAAGUUACCACCACAGCAGAAGCCUAUCCCAGAGAAAACAGCAUCUCGGCAGAAGCGUGUAACAGUUCAUGAGCCCACAGCCGCCCCGCCGCCGAGAUCACCACCCAGGAGAGGUGGAAGCAUGAAAAGGCCAACUGAAGGAAGCAAAAUCUCAAGAUUGUUUAGUGGUAACAAAGAAAUCGUUGAAGUUGGCGACGAAGACGAACAAGGAGCGAAUGUUUCGGUGAGGAGGCCGGUGAAACCGACGCCAAAGAAGCCAGGAGGUCCAACUCCAGGCCAGAACGUGGUAGGGAAGGUGGCCGACUCCAUCCCGAACCUGAAGGACGAUCCAAGUUUCGCGAGGAAAACACCAGACAAGAAGAGAAGCAGAAACUUUGAGCAGGAGGAAGCAAAUCGGAAGGCGAAGCCCGAGGUUAACCCGACGACCUCGUUUCCAGAAGAGCGGAAACGGAGCUGGAAGCACGAGCAGGAACCGGCGAAUCAGAGGGCGCCACCGGCAGCCAGGCCUCCAGGAAUGGUUUAUUCCAGCGAGGCGGAGAGGAUGGCGGCAGCGUGGGAGAAGGAGGAGCUGGCGAAGAUCAAGGAGCGGUACAACGAGACGAUGGAAACCAUAGCCGAAUGGGAGACUGAGAAGAAGGCCAAGGCCAGGCGCCAGAAGGAGCCCAAAGAGGGUGAUUCAGAGAGGAAGCGAGCAAAGGCGCUGGAGGAGUACAACGAUGAGAUGAAGCGGAUCAGCAAGGUGGCCGCUGCAUCGAGGAUGUCGGCAGAGGACAAGAAAAGGAACGCCGAGGGCAAAGUCUGGGAGAAGGCGGCCAAAAUCCGGUCAACGGGGAAGCUCCCUCGGUCCUGUGGCUGCUUCUGAAACCAUGGACACACAUAAUGUGGGCCAAGAAUCUAGUUGUGCUGCUGCUUUACUGUGUAUACUUGUUUAUGUAUCGCCUAAAUGAAGUACAUUGCGCCAACCAGUGCAAACUCCACGUGGUGGAAUUUCGACAGGA